AUGAGCAACGUAACCGUACUGGAUGGGGGUUUCGCGACGCAGCUGUCAGUGCACGUUGGGAAGGGUAUCGACGGUGAUCCACUGUGGAGCGCACGGUUCAAUGCAACCGAUCCGAAUGCCGUGUUCAAGACACAUUUGGACUUUCUGGAGGCGGGUGCUGAAGCCAUCAUGACCAACACCUACCAGGCGAGCAUCGAAGGAUACGUGGAGUAUUUGAAUCUGAACGAAGAUACGAGCCUAAACCUGAUGAAGUCGACCGUUCGCGUAGCACAGAUGGCACGCAAUCACUUCCUGGCGAAGACUUCCGCGGAGGACCGGAGAACGAUUCCCCUGCUGGUGGCUUCGAUUGGUCCGUACGGGGCGCAUUUGCACGAUGGAUCCGAGUAUACGGGUCGUUACUCAACCGAGGUGUCUGCGGAUACGAUUCAGAAGUGGCAUCGUCCGCGUAUUGAUGCGUGCCUGGAGGCGGGCGUCGAUGUGCUCGGUAUUGAAACAAUCCCCUGUAAGAUGGAAGCGGAAGCACUGCUGGACAUGAUGUGCGACGAAUAUCCGACGGUUAGGUUCUGGAUCUCGUUCCAGUGCAAGGACAAUCAACACCUAGCCAACGGGGAGCUAUUUAGCGAAACGGUCAACUCCCUCUGGACAAAGGCGAGAUUGAGACGUAACACGAACCUGGUCGCGCUCGGCGUAAACUGUGUUCAUCCACAGAUCGUAACACCGCUGUUCCGCAGCGUCAACGAGAAGAAACUGCCCGAAUCCCGCAUUCCCCUCAUCGUGUAUCCUAACUCUGGUGAAGUCUAUACCGUGGAGGAUGGCUGGCAAGGCAGGGAGGACUGUGUCCCACUGGAACACUACGUGCCACAGUGGAUUGACCUGGGUGCACGAUUUAUUGGCGGAUGCUGCCGGACGUACGCACGCGAUAUCAAGCGCAUCAAGCAAACUGUGAUCAAUCACGCCAACACUAAUCAUUGCCAUUGA